UCAAAAGUGAAAGGAAUUCUUUAAAAAAAAAAAAAAUGGUGAAGCUCAUUGCUGUCCUUACUGUAUUCAGUCUGUUGUUUGCUACUCGAUUUUCUAACGCUGAGGAACUAAAAAGUCCAUCUGAAGCACCUGCAAUUCAUAAGACGGGAGGAGAAGGUUCACUUACUGUAGAAGAUUGUCCGAAGGCAUGUGAUUUCCGAUGUUCGAAGGCAUUUAAAAUGGAGUCAUGUUUGUUCUACUGCAACCUAUGUUGUAAGCAAUGCUUAUGUGUACCAUCAGGAACAUAUGGAAACAAAGAAGAAUGUCCUUGCUAUAAUAAUUGGAAGAACAAGAGUGAUGGACCAAAAUGUCCUUAAUAUCAGAAAAAAAUAAAGACGAAAUAUCUUAUUUUUGUUUUCUUUUAAUAAAAUUCAUCUACUAGAUCAUGCUUAUUUUUCAUAAUAUAAAAUGUAAUAUGAAGUCUCAUUCCAUUGCAACUAAAGUUAUGGUGAAUACUGGUUCCAAUAAUCUCAUAAAUGCAACAAAAUUAG